GGUUCCUAGCACAGAGGGAGCUCAGUAAGUGCUCAAGCGACGGUAAGCAGCUAUUUUGCUUAUGGUCCUCUUUCUCUUCAAGGCACUGUUACAGUUUGUAGGUUGGCACCGCAGGCCGGAGGGGGUCGGGGUUAGAGUUAAAAACCCAUUUUUCGGAGGCGGAAGCUGGAAUGCAGAGCUGGGAAAGGCUUUGGAGUUCCGGCCCGCGAGGAAUGCGGAGUAGCCGGAGCGCCACCCGCUGGGGCCCAACGCGCUGACGCACGGUCAUCGGCGCCGCGGCGGCUCACUCGGUCCCCUCGGCCGACUUCGGUUCUGGCUCGCUGGGCCCGACUGUGGUACAGACCUCCAUGAGCCGGUCCCAGGUAGCCCUGCUGGGCCUGGGCCUGCUGCUCAUGCUGCUACUGUACGUGGGGCUGCCAGGCCCCCCUGAGCAGACCUCCUGGCUCUGGGGAGGUCCCAAUGUCACAAUCCUGGCUGGUCUCACCCCUGGCAACUCCCCCAUCUUUUACCGCGAGGUGCUGCCGCUCCACCGGGCACGCAGGGUGGAGGUGAUGCUACUCCACGGAAAGGCCUUUAACUCGCACACGUGGGAGCAGCUGGGCACGCUGCAGUUGCUGGCGCAGAGGGGCUACCGGGCUGUGGCCCUUGACCUCCCAGGUUUUGGGAACUCGGCACCUUCCAAGGAGGCAAGCACAGAGGCAGGGCGGGCAGAACUCCUGGAGCGAGUGCUACGAGACCUGGAGGUGCACAAUGCCGUCUUGGUGAGCCCCUCUCUGAGUGGCCGCUAUGCCCUGCCCUUCCUGAUCCGAGGCCACCACCAGCUGCGUGGAUUUGUGCCCAUUGCACCUGCCUCCACCCAGAACUACACCCAGGAACAAUUCUGGGCCGUGAAGACCCCGACUCUCAUCCUGUAUGGGGAGCUGGACCGUAUCCUGGCCCGAGAGUCACUGCGGCAGCUCCGCCACCUGCCCAACCACUCUGUGGUGAAGCUGCGUGAUGCAGGCCACGCCUGCUACCUCCACAAGCCGCAAGACUUCCACCUUGUCCUCCUGGCCUUCCUUGACCGCCUGCCUUGAGUUCAGCCACUGACCAGGCCCCAGGCCUGGCCUGAGCUGGAAGAGUCCGGACCAGUGCCCCACCAGGGAGGCAGCCCCUGGGAUUGGAGGGUGGAGGCCAGAGGGCCGUGCCCAGUCGGGACCUCUCAUUUCAUCUCACAGGCACAAU